AUCACCGCCCCGCGAUGCCUUUCGGGAAAUAGCGUCGCCAUCUUGAGUGGCAUGGCCCAGCUAGACAGUGCGCCCUGAGCAAAGACAUGCGAUUUAUCGCGAAAACAUUGAACGUCCCGAGAAUCACGGAUUCCUGUGAAUCAUAGCAGAUCUUUGGUGCUUCGCACCUUCACCGAAAUGGAAGCGGUUAAGGCAUUUAACGCGGAGCUUUCAGCUCUUUAUGAUGUCAAACCGCCGAUUUCUAAGGCCAAGAUGAACUCUUUAACCAGGGGCGCAAUUAAGGCAAUCAAAUUCUAUAAGCAUGUUGUGCAAAGUGUUGAAAAAUUCAUUCAAAAGUGUAAGCCAGAGUACAAAGUGCCCGGAUUAUACGUUAUAGAUUCAAUUGUGCGUCAGUCGAGACAUCAGUUUGGGGUAGAGAAAGAUGUAUUUGCUCCUCGCUUUGCUAAGAAUAUGCAAACCACCUUCUUGAACCUUUUAAAAUGUCCUCAAGAAGAUAAAAGCAAAGUGAUUAGAGUUUUAAAUCUUUGGCAGAAAAAUGCAGUUUUUCCAUCCGAGGUUAUACAACCUUUAUUCGAUCUUGCGGAUCCAAAUCAUCCAAUCCAUAAAGAGCAAGCAGUUAAUGCAAAUGGUACAUUGAACACUUCUUCGACGAAUAACACAAGCAAUACUGGUACUGCUGUUAAAACACCCCCUUUAGCUGCAAAGAAUGCAGUAAAGGAUCAGAAGUUAUUUUCUUCUACAAAGACUAUUGAUCCUGUUUGGCUUGCACAAACAAAAAUGGAGACAGCAAAUAUAGUUAAUGCCAAUAAACUAUUGGGUCAGUCUAAUUCAGGUCAAAUGGAUGCUUCUUUUCUUGAUCAGCUGCAACAUUUGCAACAGUUGUUGCUCAAAAAACAAGAAGCAGCAAAUGAACAAAAAACUUCUGUGAAAUUUGAUAAGAAGCUCCUGGAUUUUGAUUACGGUGAAGAAGAAGAUGAUGACGUUGUAGUUGCGAAUUCACCAGUGGCAACAACAGCGUCAAAUGCUGGCCAACAUAACGUUCCUACAGGAAAUAGUUUGGAAAGUCUUGGAUUCCUCCUAACAAAUCCAGAGGUUUUGAGACAGCUUCAAACAUUGCAACAGACAAUGCAAGGGAAUGUAUCAUCAUCACAACAUGAGAUGGAAGAAAAGAUGAGGAAAUUACAACAGAUGAAGCAGCAGGAGGAGGAGUUCGAUAAACAUUUGGCUCAAACUGUUCCUAAUCUACCAUUUGCAUCGGAAUGUGAAUUAAAACCGUCGGACAUCUUGAAACCAAAUCAACAAAACGCAUAUACAGCAAAUGUAAGUAGCGGAGUUAUACAAGACAUGAGUCAACCACCUCCUGGUUAUCCUCCGGCUCUACCCUAUGUCUCGCAACCUUUAUCAAACAUCAGGCAGAUUAACCAACAGGGUCAUCAAAAUCAAAAAAGUCCGCUUCUUGACGAGCGACAAGAUACACAAGAUUAUUCUGGAAAUGGUGCAAGACGAGAUAGUAGCAGCGUAGAAAUUGUAAAUUGUGAUAGUACACGAUCACAGAGUAGAUCACCUGACCGAUAUAGGCAUCAUAGUCGAUCUAGAUCACCACGGCAUAGGGAUAGAGAUAGAGAUAGGGAUAGGGAUAGGGAUAGGGAUAGGGAUAGAGAUCGAGACAGAGAUAGAAAAUCUCGAUCGAGAAGUAGAUCCAGAAGAAGGAGGUCUCGUUCGAGAGAUAGAGGACGGGAUAGAAAACGUGAUGAUAGUCGAGAAAAAAUGACCGAGGAAGAACGAGAAAAAGAAAGAGAAAGACGCAAACGAGGCCUGCCACCAAUUGUGAGAGAUAAACUAAGCGUUUGCAGUACAACUUUGUGGGUAGGACAUCUGUCUAAAUUAGUACACCAAGAAGAACUUUCAGACACUUUUGGAGAAUUUGGUGAUAUUGUCAGUAUAGAUCUAAUUUCACCUAGGGGUUGCGCUUUUAUAUGUAUGAAUAGAAGACAAGAUGCCUACAGAGCUCUUACCAAGCUUAAAAAUCACAAAAUGCAGGGAAAAGCGAUUACUUUAGCCUGGGCACCUGGGAAAGGUGUUAAAGGAAAAGAAUGGAAAGAUUAUUGGGAAGUCGAAUUGGGAGUUAGUUAUAUCCCUUGGAAUAAGUUAAUUAAUGUCACUGACCAGGAUUUAGAAUUACUCGAAGAAGGUGGAAUGAUUGAUGAAGAUACUUUGCCGCCUAACUUGAAAGGUAAACUAAAGCAUUCCGGAACAAAUGCAGACAUGCUUCAGCAACAGUUGCAAUUACAGCAGCAAGCUUUGGUUGCAGCCGCCACAAUGCCAAGUUUAGCUGAUGGCAUUGUGAAUGUGAUGCAACCUACAUCUAGCACACAACAGCAACAAUCUCAACAGACCCAACAGCAGGGUCAACAACAGCAGCAAGUGAUUGAUACGAGUCAACCACCGCCGAUUAGACCACCCACAUCAGCUGCACUUCUGCCUCCACCGAAUACGCAGUUACAGAUGAUGCCACCUGCUUUCACAAUGCCAGGAGUUCCUCGUAUGAUUGGACCAAUGGGAUUACCAAUGGCGCAUAGUUUGAUGCCUAAUGUUCCAAUAGGUGUGCCGCCUCCAAAUAUGCAAAGUCUGUUAGGGCCACCAGGAAUGAUGCAAACUAUGCUCACACCCCAGGUUAAUUCUCCGUUCGGAGCUGGCGUGGGUGUUGGAUUAUUGACGCAAAUUCCUUUGCCCGCACCUGCCGCACCCUCUGAUAAACCCAAUUCUACUGGUAUGCCACAUAAUGUUCCUCCAAUUGGAGUCCCGCCGCCAACGACAGAAACGGGAAUGCCAAAUCUGCCAAUGUUACGCCAACCUUACGGUGUAGGACCUUCUGCUCCUUUACAAAUGCAACUACCUCAGCAACAACAUUCUGCGGAUGAUAUGGAUGUAGAAAUGGAAGAUGCGAUGCCUCCAAGUUCAAACGGAGCUAAGAAUAAGGGAAAUUUAACUGAUCAACAAUUGUCACAAAACGAGGAUAGACCAGACGGUGAUCAACAAUCGGAGCAACAUCGGGAUUACAAAGAAAGGGACAGGGAACGUGAAAACAGAGAGAGAAGAGAUAGAGAAACACAUUUGUCUCAUAGAGAUAGGGACAACAAUGAUUCUAGAAUGGAUCGUGGAAGGGAACGGGGUAGAGGAAGAGAUCGGGGACGUGAUCGUAGAAGAGAUAUCAGAGAUAGGGAUAGGGAUGACAGAAGGGAGAGGGAAAACAGAGAAAAUCGCGAAGGAAAUCCACAAAAUCAAAGCCUUCAGGAAAAUGAUUCUACUCCGAAAAAAGAUGGUAAACCGAGUUUAGCUGAUCGUCUUCGUCAGUUGGCUGACGGUACACUUCCAUUAGAAGAUCGGGGUGACCGAAUACCAGCUCGUACUCGCCAGGAUCGAGACAGAUCUGAUAGGACUUUUGAUGACGCUCGAACUGCACGCGGCGAACCUCUUUCGUCCUUAAUGGAUUUACCGAAAUUUGGCUUGCCUCAAGAAAGAAGUGAUUUUCCUGCUCGACCUCCAGAUUUCCGAAAUCCUCAGGAUCCAAGAGAGUUUCAGCAACAAAGAGACAGACAAAAUUUUGGAAGGGGGCCUAGAGGAUCUCAAAUGCAUGAAGAGUUUAUGGACGCCCCAAGAAUACAGGCUGGUAUGUUCCAAGAAGAAUUCGAUAAUAGGAUACACGGACAGCAAAGAAUAGAAGAAUUCGGAAGACUUGGACCCCCUAGAGAACAGAGGGAGGAAUUCGAUAGGUCUGAAGUACGAGGAAGAAGACCGCUCGACGAUCGGGAUCGGUUUGACUUUGAAAUUAGACGAGAUGGAUUUGAUCCACGGCUUCAGGACGGUUUUGAUCCAAGAGGACAUCUAGAUCGCGGCGAUUUUGAACCGAGGCGACGAGAAUUCUUUGGUAUUGAACCCAUGUUUGGAAUGCCGCCUAUUAUGGGACCUAGAGGUCCUAGACCUGGACAUCCAGAUGGGUUUGGACCUCGUCCAGCUCCACUUGGUGCCCGUGGCCCUGGACCUUUAAUGUUCCAUCCACGGGGGUUAGGGCCUCGUCCUCUUCGCCCUGGCAUGAGGCCUUUCGGUCCUCGUGGGCCACCAUUUGAUCCUCGUGAGCCGGAUGCCUUUUUCAGACCUCCUUUCGAUGACAUUCGCCCUCACGUAAGGCCUCCAUUCGGCCCUAUGGGUCCUCCUUCGAUUCUUCCUCCAGAAUCUGCUGCCCCAUGGAGGAAUCAGGAACAUCCUCCUGGUUCGUGGCCACCUGACGCUGAAAAUCACUCGCAAAGAGACAAUACCAGAGACAAGAAAGCUGGUAAACAUCCAAACAACCAAAACAUAGAAAGGGACAAUCGAAACAAUAGGGGACGCAAAUCUAGGUGGGCUAACGUGAGUCCAUCUGGGGAAGAAACGGAGGAUUCCAAGGAGCAAGAACCAGUUUCCGUUGCAGCUGACGAAAAAGAAGAACUUGUUAAAGAAGAGGAGGUUGUUGUAAAAGCCGAAGAAGUAAAAGAUGAAGUAACAAUGGAAGUGAUUCCCAGUGAAAAGGAGGAGGAUUCGGAACAGACAGCAGUUGAGACAAACCAAGAACAAGGCAUUGAAACAAAGAAGGAGGAAGAGGACCGCAGGGAUUCUUAGACCAAAGUAAAGAGCGAUUUUUCUCUUUAAGAUUUUUUCUUACUCUGUGGAGUGGUGUGAGGGAGGACUCAUUGUUUUGAGCCAAGCUAGGGCGAAACGAAAUAGCUUCUUUGGAAAAUGAAACGCUGAAUGUUAGUUCUUAUCGUGUAUCAGUAAUGGAUACUAAUUAUCGUGUAUCAGUAAUGGUAUUAUUACCAAUUGAUUGUUUGCUGCUUUAAGAUAUCGACCUUGAAAUAUCAAUGCAGAUAUUUCUUGUUUUUAGUGAUAGUUAUAAAAACUACAAAGUUCAAAGGGACUGUAACAAAUUAAAUUGGGGAGAUAUGAAUCUUGAUCUCGCUUAAAAAUGAAAAAAUGGAGAAACAUAGUGUUAUAAAUUAAGUGGAACAACAUAAAAUUGAAAUUGGCUUUUAUAUUAUGUGACACACAAAGUAAAUAGACGAAAAUAUGAUUGCUUGGCGAGAAACAAGGUUUUUCUUUAAGUCAGCGUUUCAAAUUUCAAAAAAAUUAGAUUUUUUUAAUCGGCUACACGUGUGAGGCGCUGUGAUUUAAAAGCACAGGACCUAUGACCCGUGGAUACUCCAAGUGGCGAUUUAUUUAUUAAAUUGUAAAUACUUUUGUAUUUUCGUAGUAAACAAUUAUACAGUGCAUGUUUGAACGCGUAUAUUCAAUUAAUUCUUAGGUUACUAAAGAUACAUUAUUGUUUAUGCAGAAAUUUGCUUUGUUUCAUAUGAGAAAAACGAUAGUGAACUAAGCUGAGAUAGAUUUGUUAUUUAUUAGGCGCAAGGAUUUCAAACUUACCAUUUAAAUUUUUAAAUGGAACUACGAACUUUUAUUAAACUAACAUUUAACUCAUUGAAUUCAUCUCGGUACGCACAAUAUGAAUAUAUUG